AUGGCAUCGACGGGUCUUCAGCUGCUGGGUUUAGUGCUGGCGCUGGUAGGCUGGGUGGGUGGGAUACUGGUGUGCGCGGCUCCUCUGUGGCGUGUGUCGGCCUUCGUGGGUGGGGAGCUGGUGAUUGCCCAGGUUAUGUGGGAAGGACUGUGGAUGAACUGCCUGUCUCAGAGCACAGGUCAGAUCCAGUGUAAGACGUACGACUCAACACUAGCCCUGCCCACGUCCACUCAAGCCGCGCGGAGUAUCACUGUUCUCUCUCUGAUGCUCUGCAUUCUGGCCCUCCUACUUGGGGUGAUGGGGGCCAAGUGCACCCACUGCCUGGGUGACACCAACCAAGUCACCAAGGCUCGGCUCUCCAGGCUUGGAGGAGCACUUUUUAUCGUGGCCGGUUUGGCCUUCUUGAUACCCAUCUGUUGGACGGCUUAUUCCACCAUUAGAGACUUUUAUGAUGUGAACGUUGCAGCACCUCUGAAGAGAGAGUUAGGACCGGCACUGUAUUUGGGUUGGGGCGCCAGUGUGCUGCUUGUGCUUGGUGGCGUUCUCCUGCAUAUUGGUUCGUCUCCAAAAGGAGGAGGAACACUGCCUGUUGGGAGAGCAGCAAAAGACAACCCACAUUCAGGGGCAGCAGGAGAGGCAAAGCCACAGGAAAAAUCUUUUGUAUAA